GUCCUGUGACGCUUCUCCGGCAUUGGGCUCUUCAAACGGAUUAUUCCUAAGCCGUGCUUUGAUUCGCUUGUCUAGAAAGUCUUCAUGAAAGUUUCUUGAGCUGACAGCACUGCGUCCCGACACUACCGCUGCCCAAGGAACAUUUCGUAGGUAUGGAAAUGUCGACGGUGGCCAUACCUACCGAUGUUUUAGAUGAUCUUUGUAGUCGUUUCAUCAUCAACAUCCCCAGUGAAGAGAGAGAUGACCUGAUCCGGGUGUGUUUCCAGAUCGAGCUCGCUCACUGGUUCUACCUCGACUUCUUCCGACAGGAGCGACCGGAGCUGCCGUCCUGUGGCAUGAGGGAUUUCUCCUCAAUUAUCUUCAAGCACUGUCCCUUCCUGAAUGACCACGUGGACACUGUGGAUAACAUAAUGGCUGAGUGGAGAAGUUACAAAAUGAGCGUUCCUACAUAUGGUGGCAUCCUUCUUGAUGAAUCACUUGAAAAUGUUUUACUUGUUCAAGGAUAUCUAGCCAAAGCCAGCUGGGGUUUUCCUAAGGGUAAAGUGAACAAAGAUGAGCCUGAGGACACUUGUGCUAUCAGAGAGGUUUUAGAAGAGACCAGCUUUGACAUCACACCACUCCUGGAUCCAGAGGCGUACAUCGAACACAGGAUGAACGAACAGCUGGUCCGACUGUACAUUGUGGCGGGGGUUUCCAUGGAAACAGACUUCAAACCUAAGACACGAAAGGAGAUCAAGUGUCUUAAGUGGUUCAGAGUGGAGGACCUACCAGCGCACAAGAAGGACACCACACCCAAAACCAACCUCGGCCUGAGCCCCAACAACUUCUUCAUGGUCAUGCCAUUCAUCAAAACUUUGAGAAAGUGGAUCACAACUAGAAAGAAAGCCGGUAGCUCACUGCCACCCUCCAAACACCUCACGGACACAGCGGUAGCCAAGACAGCGUCGUCAACAACCAACAUGAAUCGGAGUCAGAAAGGCAGAAAGCAGGACACAGCGCCCGAUGGGACCCCGGAGAAAGACGGUCUCGUCGCGCUGACAGACAGACAUCGAGCGCAGCAGCAGCUGUACUUCGCACAGCAGAGCCAGAAGGAGUUUGAAGAAUACCUGAAUUUUAAGGAGCCACCUACACGAGCCUCACGCAGGCACAAGCACAGUGAGGGAGAUGGACAGACCCCUGACAGGAAGGGCAAAGGAAAGAAGAAGUCAUCUGGCCAACAUAAUGGAAGGGCAGAUAGGAAAAGAAUUGAUGAUCUCUUUGCAGAUGCCAUGACCACCUACACUGCAACAUCAAGUUCAGAUAACAAGGACAUCCCAAAGUUCUCCUCCCCUGCUUUCCUGAACUUCAAGUUUGACAGAUCAGCCAUCUUUGCCAGCUACAAUGUACAUAAUAGGCAUGGCGGGUCCAGAUCACGGCAUGGCAAGGACUGAUUUGCCAAGAGGACAGGACAGUGUGUGAUUUUUGGGCAACCCCGUAAGGUACACUCUCACUGCACUUGCCUCAAGCUGGUGUCACU